AUGCCGACUGCUGGAGCAACAGACGACAGGGGACGACUGACCAGCAACAAAUUCAAUACUUCUUACAGAGUGACCUACACUGCUCACCUCGGACGUCCCAGCGUCACUGGUUUCACAUCAAACCAACGGCCAGCUAUAUUUUACAGGCCCAGUUUGGACCACAUUGACAACCCUCGGUUUGGACUCCUUUUAUCUGACAGUUUCGUGACUCAAACCAAGCGGCAUUACCAGCCUCCCAUCCGGUCCAGUAGUUUGAGGUCUUUGCCGAAUGUCGUUAACAAUCCCAGAGAGAGCGGCUUCUAUCAACUGAGGAAUCACCCGCAAACAGAGACAGCGGAGAAGAAGACAGAAUACCAAAGAUUGUUUGUGCCAUAUCAUCUCACAUCAACAGCUCCCCAAAACUACGUGACUGUGGGUCCAAAGGGAGAAAGUGGUUUCACUGAGGGAACAGACCUUCAGCUGAACACAUUUCAGGAGAAAAAAGGCUGCACGGUUGAACCUCGCCAGACACUCAACUCAAUGACGAACAACGACUUCUUGCCACCGUUAUUUCUGCAGGGCACCGAGGCAACGCCGAGCCUGCGCAGCCGUUCUUCACGAGAAACAGGAUUCACUCGAGGAACCGUCGCUCCUUUGGCCUGCCCAACCUCCCUUCUGCCAUCACACCAGACUAAAGUUAACACAGCAACUGAGAUUAUGAUUGGGAAAAAGGAGCCCUCUGGGUCUCUUAUCAAUGCUCCAAACAAGCAGGCUUUCCCUAACGCACCUUUUGACUGUUCACACUUCAAUACCCACUAUAAGAGCAUGUUCUGUCGUCAUACUGAUUUUGAAAAGUUGAGAUCUGGCCGCACAGGCGCAGGUAUCAUCAGUUCUAAAAUGAGUAACGGCUACAAUCGUCGGGACAUGGACAGGUUCAUCUUUAGAGACUAG